AUGCAGGAGAACCGUGCGUUUGACCACUACUUUGGUACCAUGGCUGGUGUGCGUGGUUUCCAGGACCCCAACGUGCGCGUGUCGAACAACACCGGCAAGUCGGUUUUCCACCAGCCGGUGAACUCGUCGAUGGCGACAGUCAGUGGUGGACCUACGAACGACUACUCUCCUCCGGAGAACGUCACGGAGCUGCUGCCCUGGUACCUGGGUUACCAGGGUAAGGACUGGCCUGAGCGUGCGCAGUGCAUGCUGGCUGGCUCAAACUCUUGGCAGCAGAACCACGCCGCAUGGAACGACGGCAACAUUGAUCGCUGGGCGCUGAACAACACGCCGUACAGCAUUGGCUACUUCAAGCGUUCGGAUGUCCCUGUCCACUUCUCGCUUGCGGAGAACUUUGUGGUGGGCGACUCGUACUUUGAGGGCCAGAUUGCCUCGACGGACCCCAACCGUGUGACUUGGUUCUCGACUAGCAUCAACGCGAACGGUAGCUCGGUUGGCGGCAACACGGACCUGGGUGGUACGGUGCUGGAAAACAACCGUGACCCUUACUGCUUGAAGGGCGAGGACGGGGCCAAGUACUCGUGCCGUCCCCUCUAUUGGAAGACUGUGCCUGAGUACCUGAGCGAAGCCAACAUUGACUGGAAGGUCUGGCAGAACUACGACAACUUUGGCGACAACACUCUUGUUGAAUGGCGCCAGUACCAGGUGGCCGCGAAGAACAAGACCGACCUUGCUCGUCGCGCUCUUUCUUACAGCGGUCUCGAUGCCUUCUACGAGGCUGCGAAGAACGGCACGCUCCCGGAGGUUUCGUACAUUGUCGGUCCCGAGUACCUGUCGGAGCACCCGCCGUACACGCCUCAGGACGGUGCGUGGCUGCAGCGCAAGGUGGCAGAGGCUGUCAUGACUGGUAAGAACUGGAACCAGACUGCCCUGAUUGUCUCGUACGAUGAGACGGGUGGCUGGGCCGACCACGUUAUGGCCCCCCAUGCGCCGAAGGGCACCCCGGGCGAAUGGCUCAACGACCCCUUUGACGCGAACGGUACGCUGCGCCCGACCGGUCCCGGUUUCCGCCUGCCUUUCUACAUCAUCUCGCCGUACACGCGCGAUGGUGGUGUGUUCACGGAGGUGUCAUCGCACGAGAGCCAGACGCUGUUCCUGGAGAAGUGGGCCGAGGCAAUUGGCAAGCCGUUCCACGUGAAGGAGAUGAACAAGUGGCGUCGUGAGCACCUGAGUGAUCUGGUGAGGGCGUUUGACUUCAGCAAGAAGAACCCGAGCGUGCCUAAUGUGCCUGAGGUGCCGACGGCGAAGAAGGACCCGAUCACCGACACGUACAACGGUGCUUGGCAGUGCCUGCUCAAGUUUAAGGGCGAUGUGCAGCCCAAGGUGCCUUACGGCAAGCAGGAUGUGCACAAGACACUUGAGACAGAGAAGGGUGUGAAGAUGGUCCGUGGCAACCUGACUGAGGGCCGCUACCUCAGCUUCAGCUCGUCGGGCCGCCGUCUCUCGCACUCAGGCGAUAAGCUACAGACAGCCAAGGACGAGGGUGACUACUCCCAGAAGCAGCUGUUUGUCAUCCACUGGCAGGGCACUGAGCCGAAGGACAACCGCUACUUGAUUUCGACGGCCGGUAACUCGACGCAGUACCUGACUUCGUCGCUGCACUUCACCUCGAAGAAGAGCCAUGCCGCGUCGUUCUCGCUGACCGAUAAGGGCAACGGUCAGGGUCACGCGAUCCAGGAGCUCAGCUCGCACAAGUAUGUGCAGCUGUCCUCGCAGGGCAACGUCUCGCUUUCGAGCAAGGACGAUGCGCACAUCAGCGUGGUGAGUGUCUCUCUAUAG